AUGCAAAUUUUCGUUAAGACCUUAACCGGUAAAACUAUUACGUUAGAAGUCGAAUCUUCUGACACCAUUGACAAUGUUAAGUCAAAAAUCCAAGAUAAAGAAGGUAUUCCACCAGACCAACAAAGAUUAAUCUUCGCUGGUAAACAAUUAGAAGAUGGUAGAACUUUAGCUGAUUACAAUAUUCAAAAAGAAUCAACUUUACACUUAGUCUUAAGAUUAAGAGGUGGUAUGCAAAUUUUCGUUAAAACCUUAACCGGUAAAACCAUUACCUUAGAAGUCGAAUCAUCCGAUACUAUUGACAAUGUUAAAUCUAAAAUCCAAGACAAAGAAGGUAUUCCACCAGACCAACAAAGAUUGAUUUUCGCUGGUAAACAAUUAGAAGAUGGUAGAACUUUAGCUGAUUACAAUAUUCAAAAAGAAUCAACUUUACACUUAGU